AUCAGCUAUCUAUCUACACUUGCUGAGGACAGCUCUCGAGCUGGGGGUGAAACACAUUUCGAAGCAAUUGUUACAUUUCAACCGAUUUCGCUGCAGCGCCAUUAAUAUUUCCCACUGAACAAUGAACAAGGAAGAAGAUGAGGCAAGGGAUACAAGGUGCAUAAACCUGGAAGCGUUUAAUAUCUCCGAGGAGUUUGGGUUUGUCUUGCCCGAGCCAUUGUCCGACCUUCCGAAGUUCUAUCAACCAUGGAUGGAUAUCGCCACCAAUCUUCCUCAGCUGAUUGAGCGUCAUCAACUUCGUCACGAAGUGAACAGAAUGCAACUUCUGGGCACCCAUCUGCUCACUGGGCACAAGCAGCUGAGGUUGGCCCACACGGCUCUGAGCUUCAUUACAAUGGGUUAUGUGUGGCAGGAGGGUGAACACAACUACACCAAGGUGCUGCCCAAGAACCUUGCCAUUCCCUAUUGUCAGGUAUCGGAGACCCUCAGACUGCCACCCAUCUUAGUUCAUGCCGACUGCGUCUUAUCUAACUGGAAGAGAAGGGAUCAGAACAGUGCCAUGGAGGUAGGGAACUUGGACACGAUCUUUGCACUGCCUGGAGGGGAGAGCUUGAAGGGAUUUUUUCUGGUAACGUUGGAGGUAGAACUGGCUGCUGUUCACGGCAUCAAGGCUAUUGCUGCUGCAACCGAAGCGAUCUGGAGGAACGAAGAUGAUUUAAUGAAGACUGCUUUGCUAGAGAUGGCUGAAUCAAUCAGAAAGAUGAACAAGGCGUUCAGGAAGAUGGACGAGUAUGUCGACCCUGCUGUAUUUUAUGGAAUAAUUCGACUCUUUCUGUCUGGGUGGAAGGACAACCCAGCCUUUCCAGAGGGGCUUGUGUACGAUGGAGUGUGGAAAGAACCAAGGCAGUUUUCGGGCGGAAGUGCGGCACAGAGCUCCACGCUGCAGUCCUUCGAUGAGUUUUUGGGAAUACGUCACAGCGAGGAAAGUGCUGAAUUCCUCCGAAGGAUGAGGGAUUAUAUGCCACCCCGGCACAAGGCGUUUAUCCAAGCUAUUGCGUUGGGCCCUUCUGCGCGGGAGUACGUCGCCAGCCACACCAGUGCCGGCCUCCGAGACGCUUACAACGCCUGCAUCGCGGCCCUCGUGUGCCUCAGGAACCACCACAUCACCGUGGUCACCCGCUACAUCACCAUCUUGGCGGCACGAGCCAAGGCGGAGAAGGCCAAGCUGGGGGCCGAUCCUACAGAUGUCCUCCAGAAGGCCUCGCCGUCCCUGGGAGAGAGGGGCACCGGCGGCUCGACCAUCAUGACUUUGCUGAAAAGCACACGGGACUCGACCAAAGAAGCGGCGAUCGAGAACAGCGGACAGCUCUGAUUACAGCGACCAAAGUCGGUCUCCAUGAACUGUGAGGAGUCAUUCACGGAUAAAAACUCUAUGUAAACGCUCAGUGCCGCGAACAUGGACAUAGAAAACACAAACUGCUGGUGAGAUCCAUCAACAGUCGAAAAAAAUGAAACAUAACAGCUACUUAAAGAGCUUGCAAUCUUAACGUUGAGGUAGUUAGUUAUAGUUAGUGUGAUUACUUCUGAGUCUUCCAGUUGCCUUCAUUCAAUGUAUGCAGGAUUAGUUUAGUUUAGUUCAGUUUAGUUUAUUGUCACGUGUAACAAGCUACAGUGAAAAGCUUUUUGUUGCGUGCUAUCCAGUCAGCAGAAAGACAAUACAUGGUUACAAUCGAGCGAUUUGCAGCGUAUAGAUACAUGAUAAGGGAAUAACGUUUUCGUGCAAUGUAAAGUCACGGUGGCGCAGCGGUAGAGUUGCUGCCUUACAGCGCCGGAGGCCCGGGUUCGAUCCCGACUACGGGCGCUGCCUGUACGUUCUCCCCGUGACCUGCGUGGGUUUUCUCCGAGAUCUUCGGUUUCCUUACCGGUUUGUAAGUUAAUUGGCAUGAUUAAUUGGCUUGAUUAAAAAAAAAUUGUCCCUGGUGCACUGUUCGCAAGGUACAAGGUACAAGCCGAUCAAGGAAAGUCCGUGGGUCAGCAAAGAGGUCGAUGGAAGUUCAGGACUGCUCUCUGGUUGCGGCAGGAUGAUUAAGUUGCCUGAUAACAGCCCAGGAAGAAAUUGUCCCUGAGAAUGCGAUAGGUAAAUCAAGUUCCAGUUGCCCCCACGCACCCCCGCUCAAGAUCGCAUAAAUCUUUUGCGGCCAUAACGAUAUUUCCAUUUUCUUGGUCAUCAGUGCGGUCUCCAAUUUGUUCCGAACCUUUUCACACCUCUAGUUUCCCUCUCCCCAUGACUUUCAGUCUGAAGAAGGGUCUCGACCCGAAACGUCACCCAUUCCUUCUCUCCAGAAAUG